AUGUAUGUCACCGGAUGUGUCUUAAGGACGCCCAUGACGUGUCGUGCGGUGCCCGCAGGAGAGGCGGCGGACGCGGCGGCGGCGGGGGCGGCGGCGGGCAGCGACCCGAGGGACUACCGGCGCCACUCCUCCGUGAGCGAUGCGCCGCUGGAGAGCAACGUGCUGCGCAAGGUGGCCAGCCUGACCUUGGAUCGCGGCACCCUCGAGCAGCGCGUGGCCAAGCCGCGCUUCGUGCCGGAGAAGCUCAACUUCCAGCUCUACGAGAAGUUCGAAGGACAAAUGCUCAUAAACUGGUUUGUGUCGUCCUUUCCUGAAGAGAGUUAUAUAAGAGUUACAUUAACGAUGCAAGACUUACGCAUUCUUGCUGUGCAGUUUUGCACGCAUCUGUUGGCUGCUGGAGUCCUGUGUCAAAUACCGGAUAAAGAUGUACCGAUGGAUACAUUGUUCAGACCAGACCUUAUGUACUUCUGGAGCCACAACGAGAGCUCGGCCGCGACGCCGCCCACGCCCGGCCGCCUGCCGCCCGCCGCCUGGCCGCCGCCCAGCCCUGUGCCGCUGGACGCGCCCGCCUUCCCUUCGCCGGGCGCCGCCCUCGCCGCCUCCACCUCGGCCCUCGCCCCCGGCCCCGGCCCCGGCCCCGCCGCCUCCGAAGAUGGAAUAAAGAGAGAUAAUGCCGUGUCAUUAAAUGGAAGUACUUUGCAACCAGGCAGUGUGGACAGAAAUGUUCGCAAAAUUGAAGAAGAAGAAUAUCAACACACGAUAACAGAGUUGAAAAGAGAACAUCGGGAUAAUGUGAGCAAGAUAAACAGACAGCAAGAAGCUUAUCUCCUCGCACUGCGAAGUGAGCACGCCCAAAAAAUCAAUAAAUAUGAGGAAAAGUUGGCGGAAUUGGAGAAUCUUGUGGUAAAAUUACAACAAGAAAUAGAAAGAAAUCAAACAAUAGCAGAAAUUCAGUCAUUAACAGAAAAAACAAAAGCUGAUUUCAGUUCUCCAACCUCUAAGAAGAGUUUUGAUGUGUUCGACAAUAAAAAACAUGAAUUCCGUGAAGAAGAAGAAGAAGAAGAAGAAGAACAAAGCCUAUCCCUUAAAACAAACGACAAUGUGUGCAUCGAGAAUAUUCUCAAAUUAGAGGCCAUGGUUGAAAUAAAAACACAUGACAAAGAAACUGAUACCAAAGACUUGAAUGAACAAAAGCGUGAGUUAACAGACGUUUCUACAUCAACUUCAGAAUUAAAUAUCUCAGAAACACUUCCCUCUACUGCUAAUUCACAAGAAAAUACAAUUGCUUUUACUAAAAAUGAAAGUUCCUCCUUGCUACAUCGAGAUGAUAAAGAUACUGCGAUAAAAGACAAAGGAGAAGAUGAUUCAGCGUUAGUUAACGUUAUUUCUUCAAAAGAAGAGAUGUCUGCGGAUUCAAGUGUUCAAAAUACAACAAACUCAUCUUCGCUCAGUGAGCAAGCGAAGAAGAGUGAAGAAACCUCUGAAGACAACGCGCAAAGUGUACGUUCUUCUACAGAAAAGAGUUCCUCGACAAAAGGACCUCAUCCCUCUACCACUUCUGAGUUGGCUAAAACGGAACUUUCGAAUAUAUCCGGACCUUCUGAAAGUUCUCGGCCGACAUCCUUGCCAACGAAACCUCCGGUCCAGGAUCUGCUGCAAUCACUUGCAGAACCUAAAGUAGAUGCAUCGCCUUCGCUUCCUUCAACCACUGAAAAAGUUCCUCCUGUAACAUGCCCUCCGCCUCUGCCCGCGUCGUUAACAAGCGCGCCGCCACCGCCGCCUCCUCCGCCUGGGCCUGAUUUGUCCCCCAUGGCUCCGCCAAUGGGACCUCCACCCCCGCCCAUGCCUGGAAUGGGCCCUCCACCACCUCCACCACCGCCCAUGCUUGGAAUGGCACCACCGCCUCCACCUAUGCCUGGAAUGGCUCCCCCACCCCCACCCAUGCCUGGAAUGGGCCCUCCUCCACCGCCCAUGCCCGGAAUGGGUCCUCCUCCACCGCCCAUGCCUGGAAUGGGCCCUCCUCCACCGCCCAUGCCUGGAAUGGGCCCUCCUCCACCGCCUAUGCCUGGUGGUACAGGAGUGACUCCAGUUCCUUUUCCUCAGCCACCUGCUGGAGGUUGGAUGGCCAAUCGAACAACGCUGAGGAAACAACCUCUCAACCCAGCUGUACCAAUGAAGCCGUUGUAUUGGACACGAAUAAUUGUUCCUGUAAAUGCGCCACCACCAGCACCUCCACAACAAGAAGUUGAGGUUCAACCCAGUACAUCUCCUGAUGAUCUCCUAUGGGACAAACUAGCGGAAGCACAGAUUGAUGAUAUGGGUGAAUUUCAUGCCCUAUUUUCACGGCAAGUAAUCGAGCGUGUUCCUACAAAGAAGAAGCAAGAGAGACAAUCGAAGCAACAAGCUGUGAAAAUUCUGGACAGUAAACGAUCUCAAAAUGUAGGAAUUUUGUCAUCCAGUCUCCAUGUGGAAUUCCAAGAAAUUGAAAAUGCAAUAUACAACUUUGAUACAUCAAUGGUUAACAUUGAAGCUCUUCAGCAAAUAUAUGAAUUGAGAGCCACAGAAGAAGAAAUUUCGUUAAUACGGAAACAUUUAAAUGAUAAACCGGAUAUUCCACUUGAUAAACCCGAACAAUUUUUAUACGAAUUAGCGCAAAUUCCAAAUUUUGCGGAAAGGAUAGCCUGCUUUAUGUUUCAAUCAGAAUUUGAUGAUGGAAUUUCAAACAUAGAAAACAAAUUAAAUAAUUUAAAAUGCACUUGUGAGUUCCUUAUCACGUCUGAGAACCUCAAAACAAUUAUGGCAAUAAUUUUGGCGUUAGGAAAUUACAUGAAUGGAGGCAAUCGUACCAGAGGACAAGCAGAUGGCUUUGGACUUGAAAUUCUAUCAAAAUUACGAGAUGUUAAGAGUAACGACAGCUCUGUAACUCUUCUCCAUUUCAUCGUACGCGUAUAUUUAAAGAAAUGUGACGAUCCUCUGAGCACAGACACUGCCAUGCCCGUUCCUGAACCUGGAGAUAUCGCCAGAGCAGGCUCUGUACAUUUCGAUGAUCUCACUCAGAAUUUGAAGAAAUUACAGGAAGAGCUUGGCAUGUGUAAACAGAAGACUGAAAAAGUGCUGAAAGAGUCGUCUGAAGAGACUAUUCAACCGUUUAAAAGCAAAAUGGAGGCAUUUUUGGAUAAAGCUCAAGAACAGUUAACUGGUGAAAUGGACAACCUUGAAGAAUGUAAGCAAAAAUUCAAAGCAACAAUGCAUUUCUACCAAUACAAACCAAAGGGGGACACUAAUGAAGUGGAUCCUGAAACGUUUUUUGCUUUAUGGCAGCAGUUCUGUUCUGAUUUCAAAGACAUAUGGAAAAAGGAGCAGCAUAGGUUAAUAAAAGAAAAAACUCAGGAAGCAAAAAGACUACAAGAAGAAAAGUUGGAUGUAAAGAAAAGAAAGAAAGUUGAAGGAGGACUGAAAGCAAAACUGCAGAAGAAAGCUCAGAAGAAUAAAGAAAAUUAGUUUCCUUCAAAACAUGGGCCAUGUUGCAUUUUGCAUUAGUCUCCAUAAAUUUUGGAACAAUGUCUGAAAUUUAUAUAGUUUUGAUGUACAUACUUUUGUUGACUUAAAGGUUUGUGUCUAUUGCGUAUUGAGAAGAAUCUGAAAUUUUCAAUAAAAAUAAAGUAAUUUUUUAUAAAGUUCAAAUGUACUUGUACACUAUACGGUGCAUCGUUAGAUAGUUACAUAUUAUAGAUGUACACCCCCUGCUGUGAUAUAUUUCUUUAGGUAAUAUCGGAUCUCCAAAUUGGAUCAGAAUGAUAUUCAUUUAGUCAGAUUGUGGUCUAGAAAAUAUAUACUUGCUAUGGAAGAUUGAGAAUGAUUGAAGUUAUCUACACACGUGGAACAUUUGUAUGUUCCUGAAAUAUUCUACAACGCAUAUUUAUUACUGUGUUAAAAGUAACAGCUCAGUUGUAUUCAUCAAUAAGUAAUAUAAAUUUUGUGAAAACAUGUGAGAGAAAUCUGCAAAGUUUGAGAAUAAAUGCUUUAUUCCAUGUACUAUAAAGUUGCAUUUGUAUGUGAUGAAUCACAAAGUUUGAGCCAUCCUAUUGCCCUGGUAAUGAUAUCAGCUUUCCCAAAACACAGAGAAAGCAAACUUAUUUCUUCUUUCCACAAACCUACAAAAGCAAUGGAAUAUGAAUGAGUAAUUAUAUUGGUGCUAGUCUCAUUUCUGGCAAAUUAUUUCCUAAAAUUGCAAAAUUUUAACAUUUCAAAACUACAAAAUUGAAGAUAAAAUAUUUUUGCGCUCAACAAAAUCUGUUUAAAAAAUAGAUUUUUAAGAAUGGG